AUGGCACUAAUAAGGGCAAGGAAUAACGGAAAUGAUGAGCUGUUCGGAAACGAGAAGAGCGUCACAACCAUUUGUGUGCAUUCUAUUCGCUACUCUACUCUAGCUAUUAUGGGUUCCCGUGCUGGCAGUUGCUGUUCGAUGUUCUCCGAGAUGUUCGACGAACCCCGCCAGAUGACUCCGGAAGAAGUCGAGAAGGCCGCUGUGUUCCUCGGAACACAACCGGCGCGUCCAGUUCUCGGCGAGGUCGUCCAGUUCUUCAACGAGCUGCUUCAAGGCGAUGGAUUCAACGUCGAGAUCGAGCCGCGCAUUUCGAAUCCCUACUUCUUCGUCAAUCUGUCCAUUGAGGAUAUCAUGCUGAUGCCGAACGGAGUCCGAUGCGACGCACAUGGCAUCUGGGAGCUCCUAUGUUUCCGUCGGAUGAACACUUUAAACGCCAGGGUCCAAUUGCCUCAUUAUGUGUACUGCUGUCCAUGGAUGUACCAGAAGGAAGUCGACGAUUACACGCUGUUCCACCACUACCAAGCCGAUUUGAUCGCCGGUGCAUCGAAGAAGUUCAAGGCGUUCUCUCUUUGCCGUGGUUCCGACAAGACGUUCUUUGACGGAGUGCGUCGUCUCGUUCAAGAGGCGCAUCGUGAUCGAGUGACGAAUAAUUUUUUAAUUGAUAAUGAUUUGUUUGAUGAUUUCAAUUAA